AGGAGGAAAUCAUUGACGAAGUGCCUCCCCCUGAAGUGGAAGCACCUUCGCAAGAAAUUGAAGAACCAGAAGCUGAAGUAGAAGAACCAGAAGCUGAAGAAGAAGAACCAGAACCUGAAGUAGAAGCCCCGGCUGAGGAGGAGGCUGCAGAUGAGAUGAAACCAAAGCCAAAGAUGUUCAUGCAAAAUAUUGCAGCUCCAAAGAUUCCAGAGGGAGACAAAGUGGACUUUGAUGACAUUCACAGGAAGCGUCUGGAAAAGGAUUUGUCAGAACUGCAGUCCCUGAUCGAGGCUCAUUUCAUCCAGAGGAAGAAGGAUGAGGAGGAGCUCAUUGCUCUGGUCAACAGGAUUGAGAAGCGCCGUGCUGAGAGAGCAGAACAACAAAGGAUCCGGACAGAGAAAGAAAGGGAAAGACAGGCCCGUCUGGCGGAGGAGAAGGAAAGAAGAGAGCAGGAAGAACAAAGGAAGAAGCAUGAUGAGGAUGCCAAGAAGAAGAAGGCUCUCACCAACAUGACACACCAGUAUGGUGGAAUACAGCAGAAGAUGGAGGGUCGUAAAGGGGCAAAGAAACAGACUGAGAGGGAGAAGAAAAGAAAGAUUCUGGCUGAAAGGCGGAAGCCACUCAACAUCGACCAUCUGUCUGAGGAUAAAUUGAAAGAGAAGGCCAGUGAGCUGUGGCAGUGGAUGAUGGAGCUGGAGUCUGAGAAGUUUGACCUCAGCGAGAAACUUAAGAGACAGAAAUACGAUUGCCAAAGGUCGUGGCAAGGGCAAGAUGGGCGGCAGGCUGAGGUAAACACGCAACUAUCUGAGGUGCUCCAGGAAACCAGAAGAUUAAAUCUGUGCCAUCGAAACGCAUUCAGCAAUCACGCAGAACUAUUUUAUUGUUUGACAGCACAUGUAGCUCAUAGAAAUACAGUAAAGAGAUCUUUUGUUGUACUGCUUUUCUCCCUGCUUGCUUUUUUUUCCCCUUAUAGUGCGUUUGCUAUGGUUAAGCUCAUGCAAAGAAGUGCAUCACAAACUAAGAAUCCCCGGAUCUGCACAGGGCAGUCUUUAUUAUUAUUAUUAGUAUUAGUAUUAGUAAUAGUAGUAGUAGUAGUAGUAGUAGUAGUCCACUGAAGCAAGGGCAAGACUUGGGCCUAAACUGUUUUUGGGAGAUGUGCAAAAACAAGCACAACAUGAUGUAAUCACACCAGACAAUGCAAGUAACAACACAGUACACUGCACAUACUGCAUUAUACUGCUGUAGAUUUCUCCUCAAAGAUCAAUAGUCCAUUUAUCUAUAUAUCUCACUCAUAACAAGAGGAGCUGCAUCAAUAUUAACUAAACUAUAUUAGGCCUAUAAAGCUGAGCAGAUUUGAGUAAUUAUCAGCAUCUAUUAUUUGAAAUUCAGACUAAUUUACAACAUGCUUUAGCUCCAAUGCAUA